AUGAGUCGUCAAACAAGUGAUCAAGUGUCCCAGGGUGGCUCUACCAUCAAGCCCUCGUUCUAUUCGUCUUUCAACGAAUCCAACCCCAUCAGACGCAGCAGUUCUCAGUACAUGGACGAUCUUGGCCCCGAGACCCAUCCCGAACAGGCUACCGAGCAAUACUGGCGUUCGUUGCUUCCGAACGCUGUGUAUUUCGAGGGCGACGAUGUGCUGUUUGGAAAGAUGUUGUCCAUGGUGUAUCAGAAUCAGACCACUAAAAAGCUUAGCUCCAUGGUUAUCAGUGCUCAUGGCCAAACCAUUGUUGAUUCCAUGUCCUUGGGCAAAAACUCAAAAUACUAUCCCGCGAUCCAGAAUUUGCAAGGUGAGUCCAGAAAGAGCAGUGUCAGGAAAGCCCUUGCGGUCUCGAACCUGCGCACAUUCGCUACUCUCAAACCGUCUACAUUGGCUCUGAUGACCAAAGUAGCUAAACUGGACCCAAAUUUUGACUGGGACGAGACCAUGGCAGGGAAAGUUGCUUCAGAGAUGAAACUCAUCGACAACAGAGCCCCCGCAGACGUCGGAGAGAUGAUCCUCAAGAUGGGGUUCGCCCAGCAACGGAAACAACGCAACUCUCAUGUCAUUGACGUUAUUUAUUCCAACCUCGGGUCUCCAGAGGAAACCGACAAAAACAACGAGCUGGCGUUUUUCAUCGGCGAACAACUGGAACAUCUGUUUGAUCCACUCACAGAGUACUCGCCAGAACCAACAGAAAAGGCCUACAAGCCUCCUUUCGACGGAUUGAUAAACGACGACUUUGACGAUGUUCUGAUAAAAAGUAUAUGCAACGAGCUGGUCAAUGUCCAAACAAACUUUACGGUCUCCUUGGUGCAUUUUUUGCAAAAGUUCUUGAUCCCAUUAAGAGUCGACGUGUUGGAAGGUAAAAUCCCAAACUAUACCACAGCCAAACUUAAUCAGAUUUUCCCGCCAACGAUUGAUGAGGUCACCAGAAUCAACUGUAUCUAUCUGGACGUGCUCAAAGCUGCUUUGCCGUACGGAAGUUUCGAGAUGCUCAGAGCUAGUGGUACCACAAUCCCGUAUUUCUACAAAGCACACAUGAGACACGAAGCUGCCACGAAAAAUUUCCUCAACCAGUUGGAUGCGUUUCUUGUGGAUCUCCAGCAAAUUGGCUACCAAAAGCUGACGUACGACCAAAAAACAAUCCAGUCGAUCAUGAACGCGUCGCUUAAUUUGCCAAAGCUGCAGUUGAUCUUGGAUAGACUGGUAAGCUCGAAAAAGUGGCCUCAUGAAUUGCAACCACAGGUGGACGAGUACUACCAAUCUUGUACCAACACCAUCAUCGCUUUCGGAAAAGAUAAGCUCGCUCCAUACAACCACAGAAUCUUCACACCAACAGGGAAGAUCCUAACAGAACUGGCCAGCGGAUGGCCGUCCGACUUACAGUACGGUUGGCUCACCAGACGGGUGGUUGCAAUUUUCGAUAUCCAAAACGUUCUUAAAAGCUCAGUUAAAAACAAUGGUGUUAUGAUCAUCUUCAGCGACCAUGUGGUCACAUUGGAGAUCGUGGACGACUCGUACUACUACGAGCAACUGGAGACCACCCGCACGUUGCACAAACCGUCGAUCGCAGAUAUCCUGAUGCACUCGUUGGUGAACGAGGUUCCAUUCUCGAGUCUGCCUAAGAUGAGGGUUGACAAAUGGUGCGAGAUUGACAGCGUCGAGGCCCAGUUCUACAAUUACAAAGGUGCGGCCUACGUCCAGCUGUUCAACCAGCAGUUUAUUGGUGUCUACGAAGUGGCCAAGUACACCGGAUCAUAUGUGAUUGAGGUACUCAACAAGGCCAAGAUCCUCAACAAGUCGCAACCUUUCCACCUGUUCCGCUCCAACGAGGGUCAACGCUCGCUGUAUUACACUGCCCACGAACUGGAGUCGUACAAGAUGGAGGAGAUGAAGUCGUCGUUUGCAGUGUUUCUCAACAUGCCGUUCGACAAGAGUCUUUUGAAGAAGUACUCCAUUUUCGGGUUCCUUACUCUCAACUUUGAUUCCGACAGAAUUCUGAUCGAGGGUGCCAGCGUUUGUCACAAACACGUCAAGUUUGAUGUUAGUGCUGAGCAAUUGUCGUUGCUAGUGUUGGAACAGGUUUACGAGAUGUUGGACUACCAGCUAUCGUACGAGAACCCAAUUGCCAAUGAGAACUUGUACAACAGACACAAGGAGCUGAUGGUGAAGACGUUGAAGGUAAUCAAUUCGAGUCAGGAGGCCCGUGCAAAGGAGCUCAAGAACAUCAAGAAAGCACACGAACUGCUUACCGAAAAGAAAGAAGAGCUGCCGGAGAUGGUGGUCUCGAAACCGCGUUCCGACUCGCUGGACAUGCUCAACAACAAUAGAGUGAGUUCCACCAAGAUCACCAAACCAAAAACUGCCAGUGUUCCGUUCUUCAAGCGGAUCUUCCGCAGAAAACGGGCUUCUGUUGUGCCAGUUCCUGUUUCUAAGAAAGCUUCAACUGAGGAGCCUAAGAAGAUGAACACAGUUAAGGUUGUUCCUGCUGUUCCUAAAGCAACUUCCGCGAUGACAUACCAGCUGCCUGCAGCUUAUGCGAAACGGAGGAGUUCUGACCGGUCAACCAUUCGCCAAGUCUCUGCUGCCGAAUCCGACAAUCUUGUGGACAGUUUCGGGCUGAACAUUGAUAAGGUGAGACCGGAGAAAGUCAGGGCUACUGUUCCUGCUGCUCCUGCUGCUGCUGUCGAACCUCCUGUCGAUAACGCUCGCGAAAUACAGUUGCAGAGAUACUUCAGCGAGGCAAGAAGACAAAGGGCGGAGCACGAGAAGAACAUCAAGGAACGGGGUAUCAGUGCUGUGGUGGAGCAGAGGAACGCUCCACUAAACUCAAGGGGCCUGCUCUUUUCUCCAAGCGUGACUGCCAAACUACAGAAGCUGGGAACCGAAGAGCCAGGCGACAACUGGGCAGUGAUGUCCAGCCGCAAGGGCUCUAUGUUCGAGGCAGACCGCAGCAUUGAGUCGAUGGUGCAGAAGGUGAAACGACUGACCACCAAGUCUGUGGGAGAGAAGAACCAGGAGAAACACCACUUUGUGGUUUUACGAGAUGCCCGGCCACUGAGCCAGCUGCCGGCGGAGCCCAAGAAGCCUAGUGCUCGGGUGGUGACGCCUGUGCAGGCAGCGCACGAAAAGUUCAAGCAGCCCGAGCCAGAGCCAGAGCCCGUUGACGAGGCCGACAUGUUUGGAGACAUCGACCUCACCAGCUCGUUCGACGUGUCGCUGCCGGAUCUGACCGAGGACGUUGUUGUUUCGGACAACACGCAAAACGACAAGUCGGAGGAGGAGGAGGAGGACAAGUUCUUCACUCCAAGAGAGCCACCAGCAGAGGUGUUUGAGCAGUCAACCACCACUGUGAACGAUGUUGACCAAACGUCGUUAUGUUCUGCGCUACAGGAAAUGAAGGACAACACUGUCGGAGAGGUUCUGGUGGACGUGUGGACCGACAAACGGUUUAUGUCAAGCUCCUCGUUGUACACGGGGAUUCUCAACGAUGAGUCGUACGCUUAUCUUGCUCCACUUCUGGCCGGGAACGUGACAGUGGACGGGGCUGCCACCAAGUCCAAAGAAAACCUCGACUACGAUACUGUCUUCGCACGCAAUCUGAAGGACAGCUCGCUCAAGUACCUGGCCACGCUAAUUGAUAACUAG